AUGUUCCAGGCUCAGCCAACGCCCUAUUCAGGCUCUUCCUACUCGCCCUUUCCAUAUGGCAUAGCAGCGGCAGCUCCCCACAGCCUCGACUUUCUGUUCCCCACCGGCGGAGCUGGCGCUGGCGGCGCAUCGAGCGGUGGCUGCUUUUACCCGCCCUACAGCUCCUCGUCUCCGCAGCCGGCGCUGCAACACCAGCACCAGCACCAGCACCAGCACCAGCAGCAGUUCCCUCUGCGGCAGCGACUCAAUCGAAGCGGCAGUCCCGUCAUCAAGAUGGAGGAUCAGGACCCGAGUCUGCACGACAUGGCAGCGCAGCAGGCGGCUGCCGAGCGGUUCCAGCCAGGCCUUGAGGGACCCUUUGUCGGCGACAAGACACCAAGCGACGCCAUCACCCAGGAAUACGCCAAAGCUGACCCGGUAUAUGUCGAGAAAACUAUUGUUGGUUUACCUUCUCCCCUCCCUUCAUCCUCGAUGCAAGCAAACAAGAGCACAUGGCGGAAAGACGAGCUGGGCCGAAAUAAGAAGAGAACAGGGUUACAGGGAAAAAAAAGAAGAGACGCAAAGAGGAUGAAUGAUGCUCUGCCCCAGACGUAUUCUCACUAUCGCCAGAUCAAGGGCGAUGGAAACUGCGGAUGGCGCGCAAUCGCAUUCGCUUACUACGAGAAGCUUAUCGACCUCGGAGACCAAGCCCAAAUCGAGGGCGAGGUGGCCCGUCUCAUGAGCCUUGGCUCCAUGCUCUCCAACAUUGGCCGCUACGAAUACCACGAAGAUUUCGCCGAGGAGGCUCACAGCUUGCUGCGGGAUCUUGCUGCCAACAUCGCAAAUCCGGGCCUGGCUCGAGUGAUACUUCUUCAGCGUUUCAAUGACGACACCGUCGAGGCAAACAUCAUCUACUACUUCCGCAUGCUGGCCGCCACAUAUCUCAAAGGAAAUGCGAACAUCUACGACCCCUUCGUUGCAGACCAUGGAGGAAUUGCGGCAUACUGCUCGCAGGCAAUUGAUAUUGUCAACCGUGAGAUUGAGCAUCUGGGCAUCGUUGGCCUGGCCAACCUGCUCCUCAAGCCGAUCGACUUCGUUUUGGAGGUUGCAUACCUGGACCGCAGCCCGGGCAGCCAAGUUAACCGCUACCGCUUUCCGGAAGAGGCCAACGAGCAGGACCCGGCAGCUCUCGGACCUACGAUAUAUCUGCUUUAUCGCCCCGAUCACUACGAUAUCCUGUACCGCACGCCACCCAUCCAGGCUCCGUCGACCCUCCCCUCCAGUUCCGUUGAUUUGCAGGUAAAUCGAGUUUCCAGCCUCACAAAUAACAUUGCCAUCAAUGCCGUUCCUGGCAGCACGGCAGGCUUCCCAGGAGCCAAUAUGGAUCUGCUUUCAAUGCUGCCUGGUUUCAGCCUCAACUCGCUGGGCUCGAUGAAUACCAUGCCCGAUAUAUCUCCCAUGACGCCACCUAUGGCCAGCCCUGUCGACGAUCAUUAUGUAUCGUCGCAACCGCCAAGUUCUUGGACAACACCGUUUCCCGAGCCCUUGCCGUCUCAGGUUCCACAGCAGCCACCGCCACCCUCAUUCCCUCCCGUAGUCUCGCCGGCUCCAAUGACCCCCAGCACCUCGAUGACGCCUAGUCCGACAAUGAUGAACGCCACGAGUAUCAGGAGCAACAGCAGCAGCAGCAGCAGCCAUCUCUCUGGGUUGGUUUCGAAUGCGCGGCCAGCGGAUCACACACCUGGAUACCGCAUAGUGUUUAACCCCUUCCAGCUGGAGUAUGACGAGAGCAGGACCACUACUGUUAGAGAGCCAAUAGACCAAGCACCGAGAAGCACUACUUUUAAGAACAGCGUGUGGAACAAAGCGCACUAUGGCAACCCUGAUUUCCACCCAGAAGAGUACGUUCCGGAAGACGACCACUCAGAUGGCCGUGGAGGUGGAAGAAAACGGCGGAAGGACUCAUGA